UCGAUUCUUCUGCUUUAUCAGGAUGCCGAACUUCAACCCUGUGGCCAUUGCCGGCGCUGCUUGCGCAACCAUCACGUUCUUCUUCCUCAUCGGAUACCUUGCUGGACCGGUCUUCCACAUCACCCAGGCUUCGACUGAUAGCGAUCUUUACUGGGGUAAGGUUGUCAACAAGUCGCCGAGUUCCUCUUCGUCGUCCAAGCUCGACAAGGACAACGAGAACGUGAAGAAGGUGCUUGACGCCGGUGUCUCAUUUGCGGUCUUUGCCUUUCUCGCCUCGAUCGGUGCGCUUGUGGGCGCGCUGCUGUAUGGUGUGCUCUCGGCCGAGUCGCCGCUCGACUCGAGCUUGACUAAGAUCAUCACUCUCGCCUCUGCUGCUGUCCUCAUCUUCUGCCUCUUCAUCUCGCUGGUGGUUGUCGGUGCUGCCGUCCCCGGCGGCCUCAAGAAGGACUGCGAGAAGAACCCGGCCGCGAACUGCAACGCCGGUUACUACAAGAGCUUCAACGGCAAGGAGAACGGUGCGUCGUGGCGCGGUGGUGACGGCUACAUCGUCGGCUGCCUGGCCCUGCCGUUUGCUAUCGUCGUCCUUGUCAUGCCAUUCAUUUUCAGCCCCGAUGAUGCCCCGGCUGCGAGUGCCGCCGCCUGAGUGAGAAGUAACACGACAGCUACAGCUCAAACUCGUCGUCGUCGCCGAGGCUAAGGUCGCCGAGGUCCAGGUCAUCGUCACCAUCGAGGCCGAGGUCGUCAAGUCCGAAAUCGUCGUCGUCGUCGUCAAGACCGAGCAGGUCGUCGUCGUCGUCGUCACUUAGCCCGAGGUCGAGGUCGAGCUCGUCGCUUCCUCCCGCCCCUACCUCAGCAACGUUGUCUCCCAGCGACAGGUCGAGAUCGUCAUCGUUGUCGAGCAAGCUUCCCAGCGAGUCGUCCUUGGAAGGCGACAGCUCGAGUUCCAGUUCCAGUUCCAGCUCGUCGUUGUCUGGCGUCUUUUCCGGCGUCGCCUCGAUCACGGGCUGGGGCUCGGGCUCGGGCUUGGCCUCCACAACAGGCUCGGGCUCGGGCUUUGGCUCGGGCUUGGCCUCCACGAUAGGCUCGGGCUCGGGCUCGGGCUUGGCCUC